AUGGACGAAGAGCAACAAAAAUACUUAGAUGAUGCAAUAGCUGUUGUUAAACAAGAAGCUUAUGAAAUGCAUCAAGCACUCGAUUCUAGCAAUCUAAAAGAAGCUCUUAAGCAUGCAAACAACAUGAUUAGUGAACUUAAGACAUCUCUGCUAUCUCCAAAAACUUACUAUGAACUCUACAUGCAAAUUUUUGAUGAGCUAAAUAAGCUUGAAACCUACUUUUUAGAUGCACAAAGAAAAGGCCGCAGCAUGAUGAGCUUAUAUGAAAAAGUCCAACAAACCCCAGCAGUUUUACCUAGAAUUUAUCUAUUAAUUACAGUUGGCUCAGCAUGCAUACAAACAAAAGAAGCUACUGCAAAAGAAAUUCUUAGGGACUUGAUAGAAAUGGUAAAAGGCGUUCAAUUUCCAAUUAGAGGGCUUUUCCUUCGUUAUUACUUGAAUAAACUAUGCAAAGACAAAUUACCUGACAGCGAUUCUGAUCUUGAUGAGCAAGAUGGUACUGUGGCUGAUUCUGUUGAUUUCUUGUUAGCGAAUCUUGCAGAAAUGAAUAAAUUGUGAAUCAGGCUUCAAAAUACUGCAAAUACACAAGAAAAGAGCAAAAGGGAAAAAGAAAGAAAUGACUUAAGGGUCACAGUAGGAGAAAAUAUCAAUAGGCUAUCAAGCUUACAAGGGGUGAAUCAAGAAUUGUACCAAACUUCAGUGCUACCGAAGAUUCUUGAAGUGAUAACAUCAAGCAAGGAUCCUAUUUCGCAGCAAUAUUUAAUGGACUGUAUCAUUCAAGCAUUUCCUGAUGCUUUUCAUCUUCACACUCUAAGCACCUUGCUGCAAGCUUUUUCUGAGCUGCAGCCAAGUGUAGAUAUAAAUUCAAUUUUGGUCAAUCUAUUAACAAGACUUUCUGAAUUUAUUGGAGAGUCUGAAAUCGGGAUUGCCAAUGAAGUCGAUAUUUUUGGAUUAAUUGAAGCUCAUCUAAAUAAAAUAAUUGAAAACCCUAGCUCAGACCUGAAAAAGCUUUUGCAGCUUCAAGUAUCCUUUUUAAGCUUCACUAUAAAAUGCUAUCCAAAGAGCACUGACCAUGUAAACACAAUUUUAAAUUCUUGUGUCAAUAUAAUUGCCAAAAAUUGCCCAGACAAAAAAGUUGAUGCUGAUUCUGUAAAACAUAUAGUAAAACUAUUAUCAAUCCCUUUAGAAACGCUAUCAUUGGCAAUUUUAUCAAUGAAUCAUUAUCCUGAGCUCUUAUCCUAUUUAGCAUUUUCUGCAAGAAAACAGGUUUCAUUUAAAAUUGUAAAGGCUGCGAUUUCUUGCCGGAAAAUAUUAGAUAGCUUGUCAGUCGUAAAUGAACUUUUUGACUUUGCAACUCCUUUGUGGGCGUGUGAUAGUGAUGAAGAUGAUAUAGAUGAUUAUGAAUUUGAAGAAGAGCAGCAAAAUAUGGCGAAGUUAGUACAUCUAGUGAAGUCUCAAAGCUUAGAUGCUACUUUUAAAAUCUUAGAAGUCUUUAAGAAAAAUUUUUCAUCAGGAGGUGACAACAGAAUUAAAUUCACGUUUCCUGCAUUGUUCUUUGCUUAUGCCAAACUCUUACCAUUUGCUGACUCAAAUAAUGAUAUAAACGCUAUUGACUCAAUUCUUAAAAUUAUGGCAGAAAUAAUCAAAAAAAUAUUCAAAAUCGAUCCUGAGUCUUCACUGAAAUAUCAUCUUCAAUGCAUGCAGGCAAUUAAUUCUUUGAAAUCUAAGGCAGAGUUUGAGCAAUAUGCUUUUGAGUUUGUAAGCCAAGCAUUUCGCGUUUAUUUUGAUGAAUUUGCAAACUCAAGAUCAAAAUUUUCAGCAAUCAGCAUGAUUGCAGGAACUUUAGUUGGAAGUAAUUGCUUUGAAGAAGAAAAUUUUGAUACACUGGUUUUCAAAUGUACACAAUUUUCAGCUAGACAACUAAAGAAAGCAGAUCAGUGCAAAGGCGUAGCAAUAUGCACUCACCUUUUUUACAAUAAAUAUUAUCAAAAUGAAGUAAGAGUGCUUGAAUGCUUGAACAGAGCUGCUAAAACAGCGAGUAUUUGCAUUUUCAAUCCAAAAAAUGUGUUUCUUUUUGUUGUUUUGUUGAAUACUUAUAGAGACGAGCACCUUUAUUGCUGGGGCUUCCGACGGGAAAAAGAGGAGCUAAUCUAGCACAUUAAUGUUGAUUUGGCCAACUCUCAAGUGUCAGUACCAAUGAUGUAUGGUUUCUGCCACUUGGGGAUUUUGUCAAACCAAUAUUAGCUGGCUAGACCAAUUCCCUUUUUUUGUCGAGAAAGAUUGGGCAGUCCAAGCCAUAAAGGUGCCUAGGCUGUAUUUAUUAUCACAAUUUGGGUGUUGAUUCAAUUGGAAGCUCUUCAAUCAAUAAGAUAAUUCAAUUGAUAAAAGAUCAACUGGAAAGCAUUGAAAAUGGCCAUGAGGAAAUAUUUGAUACAGAUGAAAUUAAAACAUAUUAUUUUAACACAAUAAAAUACAUUAGAGCAAGACAGUUAGAAGAUAAGCUAGUUGGAAUUAUUAUUUAA